AUGCCAGGCCCUGGAGCUCAUUUCUUUUACGCCAUGACCUCUGGCUUGGCUCUCAGCUCUCUUUCCAAGCAACGAUUUGGAGCUCACCACAUUCUCUUCUACACUCUGCAAGCUUUUGUGGGUCCGGACAUCGGUGUUUUCGGGGAAUGGAUCUUCAAGGACGUCCUUCACCACUAUCCACAGAGGUUGCAGAAGUUCUUCAUGAACGGCAUCCAUGACCCGUGGGGGUACAUGUGGUGUAGCUUCGGGCUGGCUUUGGUGUACAUGUACCUUUCCAGGCUUCUUCUGAAAUGGAGGUGGCUCCGUCUGUACUCCCAGAUCUGCAACAGAUCUAGUUUGUUUUUAGUUUUGGAUCUUUGUGUGGCGCCUCUGACCUACAUUCAGAGCUUUCUUUUGGGAGCCACUGGGGGGAUCUCUCAUUUCUUUAUGGAUAGCUUAUUUGAGCGCAAAUCGCGAAAGUUGGAGGCUGUGUUGGCUACGGGAGACGCCAACAAGCAGGUCUACCCAUUCCCAGUAGCAAUUGUGGCUAUCAUUCUGACUUCACUAUUUGCAGUUUUCUUCUGCAUCUACAGAUCUGGGCCCGCUCGAUCUCCGCCCCCAGCAAGCCACCAGUCACCUCCUCGUCUUCGAUCUUUAUUUGCGCCACUGCGGACUCUUUUGAUAAGUGGUUGGAUGGCUCCUCCUUGUGUUCCUCGUUCGAAGUUUGAUAGCGUCUGUGGAUGUUUGAGGUCUGCUUUCCCGGAGCUGUGGUGUUUGAAGAGUUAUGUCCGGAGCUCGAUUCGUCUACCAUCAGUCUGCAUGGGUUUGUUCUUAUGUUUUGUGGCAAGUGUCUAUGUCAAAUUUCUUGAGGUGUACAAGACAAGUACUCAAUAUUCCGGGAUCGGCGAGGAAGCAGAUGUGGGUGUUGUCAUCUUCAUGGCAACAUACUUCUUGGCACCGCAUCUGAUGUGCAUCUUGGCGAUGCAUCAGGAGGAGUAG